GACAGUGAAUGCAGCAUUUGUGUCACUUCCUGAAGAAGGUUUCCUGUUAAAGAUGGCUUCGACCUUGUGUGUUAGAUUCCUACCUAAACAAGGAUGGCUUCCUCUGAUGCAGACGGUUCGGCACGGCUCCAAGUCUGUGACCCGACACAGGAGACCGAUGCACAUCCUCAAGAAGAAGCUGAUGGCUGUCACAGAGUAUAUACCUCCUGCACGGGUCGUUCCUCCAGGAGCCUAUCCGCCCCAAAGCAGACAAGUCCAGGAGGACGAUGCAUUCAUGGUAGUCAUUAAGAGGAAUUUGAAGAACGUGUUUCAGGACUCUAAGAUGAUCGCUGUGGUCCAGAACAACGCCUGCAACGCUGAAGACAUGUUGGUUCUCAAGCACAGACUUUAUAAACAUGGCAUCACUGUCAAGUUCUUCCCCAACCAGGCGGUGCGGUCGUUCCUGAAAGACAGCUUUUACUCCAACAUGGCUCCUCUGUUCAUUGGUCCUACAGUUCUGUUUGUUAGCAAAGAGCCGAAGGCGAAAGAGAUGCUGGUGACUCUGAGGUCCAGCCCACAGAUGACUCUCCUGGGAGCCUGUAUAGACAACACGUUGCUGAGUGCACAGGGGGUGCUGAGCUACUCCAAACUGCCGUCGGUGACCGUGGUCCAGGGUGAACUGGUCAGCGGGCUGACGAUGCUGACCUCCCACACAGCCUCCCUGCUGCAGCGCCACCCGGCCCACCUGUCCGCCCUCCUCCAGCAGUUCGUCAAACAGCAGAGCCCUGACGUCGGCACGGAGGGAGCUCCUAAAGCAGAGGAGGCCACGUAGAGCUGCAGGGGAAAAUACUGGGACUGUUGCAGAUUUCCAGCUGCUUGGGAUGACGAGGGACCGUUGGGUUGGAGGCUUAUUUACAAAAAAGAAGACAAAAAGAAGUUGGUGGUUCAUCUAAUCUUAAAAAUCUGACAGGAGCAGUUGAAUUGGUGCUAAAUUCAGUUUAAUGUGCCUCCACCCAGAGGAGCACUGAGGCUUCUUGUGAAGGAAGGAGUCUGCAGACUUGGACCGUUGUCAGUGCAUCUCAACCUCUCAAUGGAAGUCUUGGAUGGACAGUGCUGCAAAGAUGUCAGUGUCGCCCAAGCAAUUCCUGUAUUUAAGGAUAUUGUCAUGUAUAAAUAAACUAUUUCAACACAG